AUGGAUUUGGCAAUAAAAGAAUGUGAGGAACUUUUAGCAGAUGCUCCUGAAGUUUACAACAGCAAAAGCUUUGCUAAAUGGAAAAAAAUGGAUAAUAAGGGCUUGCAAUAUUUUGUAAAGCACCAUUAUAAAACUUUUAAACGUAGGCUUUCUCGUGGAACUCCUCAAAAGUAUAGAUGGCUAAUAUGGACAAUUUUCUUAGAUAUUAUCCCUAAUGAUGGUAUAUAUAGUGAAUUUAUAUAUGUAAGUAUUUCUAGCGCAAAAUUCUAUAUUGAUAUGUUUACUACUAGUAAGAUUGGCAAACCACUUAGUCAAUGUAAUCAAUGGUAUAGAGACUAUUAUGAAUAUGCAGCAGGUGUUCCAAAUAAAUAUUCACCACUAAUUAGUAUUGACGUACCUCGAACUUUUCCAGAAUUGAAUAUAUUUAAAGAUCAUGAACCUCAAGAGUGUUUAUUUAGGGUACUUAAUGCAGUGGCUAAUCAUAUACCUGAUGUAGGAUAUUGCCAAGGAAUGAAUUUUGUUGCUGCAGUAUUACUUAUUACUAGUAAUUUCGAUGAACAAGGGAGUUUUUUUGUUUUAAUUAUUAUCUUAGAAAAAUAUGGUCUAGCAGGAUUUUAUAGAGAAAAAUUCCCACUUUUAAAUAAAUAUAUUAAAGUAUUUAAUAAUUUAUUUGCUUUAAAUAUCCCAAAACUUUGGAGACAUUUCCAAAAAGAAGGUAUUAUUGAUGCUAUAUAUCUACAUCCAUGGUUUCUAACUCUAUUUGUAUCUGCAUUACCAUUAAAAACAGUUGUUAUUUUGUGGGAUCAUAUCAUUGCUCAUGGAAUUCAUUCAUUACUUUCAAUUGCGAUUGCUUUACUUAAAGCUAUUGAAUCAGCUUUGAUAGACCAAUCAAUGGAAAAUAUAAUUCAGUUUUUUAAGUCAUUAAGAAUAUCAGUUGGUUUUGAUGACAUUACAUGUGGUAAAAUACUAUUAUAUCACGCUCAAAAAAUUCAUCUUUCCGAUGAAAUUAAAUCGGAAAUUAACUACAACCAUAAUAUUCAAAUUGACCAUAUAGAAUGA